AUGUCGUUUCAUGACAGCAUCGUCGACGCGACAAUCGCCGACUUAUCGACUGCACUAGCCAGUGGCAGACUGACAUCCGUGGAGCUGGUGGCCAAAUACCUGCUCCGCAUCAGCGCCUAUGAUUGCAGAAACACGGCUCUCAACUCAAUUCCCCUGAUCAAUGAGCGCGUGUUCGAAGAAGCAGCCGCCGCUGAUGAUCGCCGUGCCGCUGGCCAUGCCCGAGGCUCCUUGGAAGGAAUCCCUUUCACGGUCAAGGACAGCUACAAGGUCCGUGGAAUGACUGUAGCUAGCGGUUCGGAAGCGUUCCAGAACCUCGUUGCCAAUGAAGAUGCGUUCACCGUGAAGGCUCUGCGCGAAGCUGGCGCCGUCUUGUUGGGUCGGUCGAACAUGUGUCCCAUGGCAUAUGGGGGAAUGCUUCGGGGUGUAUAUGGUCGAGCGGAGAGUCCAUACAACAAAGACUAUCUCCCUGCCGCCUUUGGAUCGGGAUCCUCCAAUGGCAGUGGUGUGUCUGUGGCAGCUUCCUUUGCUGCGUUCGGUAUGGGCGAGGAGACUGUUUCCUCUGGUCGCUCUCCUGCCUCGAACAAUGCUUUAGUGGCUUACACUCCUUCCCGGGGCCUCAUAUCAAUCCGCGGCAAUUGGCCGCUAUACCCUACCUGCGAUGUCGUUGUUCCCCACACACGCACCAUGAGCGACUUGUUCGUUCUGCUGGAUGUGCUUACCAGGCAGGAUGCGGAGACAAAGGGCGACUUCUGGAGGGAUCAACCGUUCAUCCAGCUGCCACACUCCCCCUGGCCUGACGGUUCAGAGCCUUCGACCGCUCCCAGAAAUGCAGGGUACCUCAAAGGAAAGCGAAUCGCAGUUCCGCAGAUUUAUCUCAAACACCAGGAUGGUGGACCGUAUAUCUCUGAAGCAGUAGAACCGCUCUGGAGGCAAGCACAAGCCGACCUCGAGGCGGCCGGUGCAAUCAUCGAGAUCAUUCCCGAACUCCCAGUCUUGCACAUCUACGAGCAGAUGCUGCGCAGACCAAACGCCGGAAAUGCUUCUUCGCCUCUCCCCUAUCUGCCAGACGACUGGAACGCCACCGAGCGAGGUCUACUUAUUGCUCAUACCUGGGAAGCCUUCCUGCAGGACAAUGGCGACCCUCAUAUCCAAUCUCUGACCCAAGUGAACCCAACAGUUAUCUUUCCUCACCUGCCCCGAGAUGAUCCCCAAGUCAAAUUUACCGAACCGGCCAAUGCCGUUCAUUGGGCGAAGUUAGCCAGCUAUGUUGCUGACCGCACGCCCUCGACAAGGACCGGCAAGAGUGCCAUCUAUGAUGUUGCUCACCUCGAGGAUGCCGUGAGAGCUCUCGAGCAAAUUCGAGUCCGGUUCUUCGAGGAGUGGAUGUCAGCUCAGAACUACGACUUUGUCGCCUUUCCCGCUGCAGGCGACGUUGCCCGUGCCGAUGCCGACAUUGACGACAGGAGCGCACGGCAUGCCUGGACGGACGGCGUAAAGUAUAGCCACGGCAAUCGAGCUCUGCGACACCUAGGCAUACCCAGUGUGACGGUGCCGAUGGGGAUCUUCGAGAAUUCAAAAAUGCCGAUGAGUUUGACGUUCCUCAGCAGAGCUUAUGAUGAUCUCAGCUUACUGCAAGCUGGGUAUGCAUACGAACAGAACAGCAAGAGAAGAGUUGUGCCGCCGUUGACGCCACCUUUGACGUCGGAUGCCAUCGCGAAAGAUGGCCAGGUAUUUUCGCAUCCUCGACCAGAGUUGUCAAUCACGAAAUGUCGGACGACUCCUGCUCAAGAUGGUAACAUUCGCGUGUCCAUUGAAGGCGCGGUGUCUGUCGCGCCAGGCUCUGGAGACUACUUCGAUCCAACUCUGGAGAUAUACAUCGACGGCGAACAUGUCCCUGCACCGGUGUUGCUGGUCGAAACGCCAACAGCUCUCGGUGCGAGCCCACCGAUCUCCAAAUUCGUUUGCGAAUACUCGGUGCCUUUACCGCCGGAACAAGACUGCCGCAACCGCGUUGUUGGUGAGAUCGCCAGAGACAGCACAAUGGUCUUGAUCCUCGCUAGGAACGGCGCAGGGAGUCGACCGUCGGGAUAUGUGAAAUUGUUGCAUCACGGGAAGCAAAAGGACAUCCUGGAGGUUUAG